CUCUGGACUCGCAUUGAUGCUUCUCGGUGUUGUCUUGCGUGCUCUCCCGUGCCGGAGUGAAUUUUAUCCCCGGACUGCCUGGUGACAGAACAUCGCAGUUGUACCGCUUUGGGAGCAAAAUAUGGAAUGUGUUUCACUGCUGACCGAAGGCAGCCAAAUGAACAGUAUUUAUAGUAGUUUGAAAAUCAGCAGUUAGCAGUUUCUUCACAUUCUAACACUACCGAGCACUUUCCAGAGAGAACUCAUUGUUUACAAGAAAUCUGCUUUCCAAAUCCGUUACGGUGCCCUCCAGCCUUGACUAUUAACUAUUUGCAAAGGGGAAGCUAAUCUACGGUUUGGGGAAAGAUGGCAAUGGAUGAGUACCUGUGGAUGGUCAUUGUGGGUUUUAUCAUUGCUUUUAUUUUAGCCUUUUCGGUUGGUGCAAAUGAUGUUGCCAAUUCUUUCGGAACGGCUGUGGGCUCUGGUGUCGUUACUUUACGCCAGGCUUGCAUUUUGGCUUCAGUUUUUGAAACCACUGGCUCAGUAUUACUGGGAGCAAAAGUAGGAGAAACGAUUCGGAAGGGUAUCAUUGAUGUUAACCUGUACAACAACACUGUCCCGCUGCUGAUGGCAGGAGAAGUGAGUGCAAUGGUUGGUUCUGCUGUUUGGCAGCUGAUUGCAUCGUUCUUGAAACUCCCGAUAUCGGGGACCCAUUGCAUCGUAGGUGCUACGAUUGGAUUUUCUCUGGUGGCAAUUGGCACGCAGGGAGUCCAGUGGAUGCAGCUUGUCAAGAUUGUUGCCUCUUGGUUUAUUUCCCCACUGUUAUCUGGCUUGAUGUCUGGAGUCCUCUUUGUGCUAAUCAGAUUCUUCAUUUUAAACAAGGAAGACCCUGUGCCCAACGGUCUCCGCGCACUUCCAGUGUUUUAUGCUGCUACCAUAGCUAUUAACGUGUUUUCCAUCAUGUACACGGGGGCACCAGUACUGGGACUGGUACUGCCAAUGUGGGCCAUUGCUCUAAUAUCGGUCGGCGUAUCCUUAGUAUUUGCCAUCUUAGUCUGGAUUUUUGUGUGUCCCUGGAUGAAGAGAAAAAUAGAAAGCCGGUUAAAGAAAGAUGCUGCACUGUCAAGGAUAUCAGAUGAAAGUCUUGAUAAAAUUCAAGAUGAAGAAACACCAGUCUUUAAAGAGCUUCCUGGUGCCAAAGCAUCUGACGAGAGCACGAUUCCCCUUACUGGCUCAGUACCAGAAGCUGCUGGGGCAUCAGAUACUAUUGCAAAUGGAAACCAUCCACGCGUACCGUAUGGGAGGGCGUUUUCGAUGACGCACACCUCGGUGAAAUCACCUGUUUCCAACGGCACCUUCAGCUUCGACGGCCAGAUGAGGAGCGACGGCCACGUUUAUCACACUGUGCACAAGGACUCAGGUUUAUACAAAGACUUGCUCCACAAAAUACACCUGGACAGGGCCACCGAUGAGAGGCCCGCUCAAGAAAACAACUACAAACUGUUACGACGCAACAACAGUUACACUUGUUACACAGCUGCUAUUUGUGGCAUGCCCGUGCAUUCCUCCUUUAAGGCAGCGGAUACAUCAACUCCAGAGGACAGUGAGAAGUUGGUGGGUGACACUGUUUCCUACUCCAAGAAGCGAGUUCGCUAUGACAGCUACUCCAGCUAUUGCAACGCAGUGGCCGAGGCAGAGAUCGAGGCGGAGGAAGGCGGGGUGGAGAUGAAGUUGGCCUCUGAACUCGCAGAUCCUAACCGGCCCCCAGUUGAUCCCGUGGAAGAGGAUAAGGAAGAGAAAGACACGUCUCAGGUCCAUCUACUUUUCCACUUCCUCCAGAUCUUAACAGCCUGCUUUGGAUCCUUUGCCCAUGGAGGUAAUGAUGUCAGCAAUGCAAUCGGUCCCCUCGUCGCGCUCUGGCUUAUCUACGAGCAAGGUGGUGUAAUGCAAGAGGCGUCGACUCCCGUCUGGCUGCUGUUUUAUGGGGGUGUUGGAAUCUGUGUGGGUCUCUGGGUCUGGGGUAGAAGAGUUAUCCAGACCAUGGGUAAAGACCUCACUCCAAUCACACCGUCAAGUGGAUUUUGCAUUGAAGUAAUGUGUGCGCUAACGGUACUUGUAGCCUCAAAUGUGGGUAUUCCAAUAAGCUCCACCCAUUGCAAGGUCGGCUCCGUGGUGGCCGUCGGCUGGAUCCGCUCCAAGAAAGCCGUCGACUGGCGCCUUUUCCGCAACAUCUUCCUGGCGUGGUUUGUGACUGUGCCGGUGGCCGGCUUGUUCAGCGCUGGGGUGAUGGCGCUGCUGAUGUACGGGAUCCUGCCUUACGUCUGAAGAGCCUCCGCCGCUGGGAAAAGGGGAAAUGGCCAAGCUACUACCGAGGGGAGAAGCGUUCCCGUGAAAGCACCAGUCGGAGAGGAUCCAUCUUCCAUAUCUAACUUCUUAUCUACUGUACAUAACAAUGUGUCAUAUUGGUGACAUGGUGAUGUGGUGCCAUUUCUUAUAUAUUAAAGAAAUAUAUAUGCAUAUAGUAGGUAACAAUACCUAAGUUAUAUUAUCAGUGGGGUGAAAAUAAUUGCCUAGAAUUUAAUAUUUAGUAAAAUUUGUACAUAGUGUAUCAUUUUGGUGGCAAUUUUUUAAUCUUUUGAAGAAGAGUAUGGAUUAGGAAAUGUUUCUUGUCCAUUUGAUAUAAGAAGAAGCGAGGUACAGGACUGCGUAACACAUGACUUUUUUUAAAGCUAUUAAGAUACUGGAACAAAAUAAAAUGUGCGGAAGUGCGUUUCAUAAAAUAACUUUGUUCAUA